AAAUCUAUGUUUAUCUACAUGAAGUCUUCGUGUCUGCGUUUUUAACGAUCUUGUGAAGCUUUUGGGAUGUGCAGAGACAUACCUACUAUUUGAAUUUGCCAACAUUCUGGAUCACUGCAAAUGGUGGAUUACGGCUGUCGAAAUAGGAUGGAAAGGAAAUUUCUAAUUGUGACAAAUGAAUAUUUAAUGCUUUCAUUCAAUUUUAAUCGUUGAAAAGAACGGCUAAUGACGACAAUGCGAUUAAGAUAGCGAUAAUUGACUCAGAAUAUUGUAACAUCUGUGCACCAAUCAACCGGCGUCAACGGGUGCAGCACGGAGUAAACAAGUUAAGGAAUAAUUUAGCAGGGAGAGAGCAGGGAGGUGGUGAAUAUACGUGAUAUGGUAUUACAGAUUAUUUCUGCGGCAGAUUGUCAAGUGUGUAUUUGUUAUGGUUUUGUGUAGAAGGAAUAUGUAUACAUUUCUUGUGAUAUGUGACAUUAGUUAAUUGGGAUUGCUAUAGUCUUGUGCUAACAAUAAUGCGAUCGAUUCAUAGACGUCUGCUGGUUGGAAAUUUUUGAAAACGCAAAAUUUAAUAACUGCAGCAUUGUUUUCUUAUCUCUAUUUGUAUGCUCUACUUGCAGUAUUCUUCCGGUGAAAAAUGUCGUUCAAGAAAAUAGUUCUGAAAAGCACGACAGUGAUGUCGCUUAAUGAACGUUUCACAUACCUCCGGGGCAACUAUGAUCACGGUAUUCACGCAAUCCGGGAGAGCAAUGCCUUGCAGCAGCAGGCUUCAGCUAAAAAUCGACGGUUGGCUCAGCAGAUGGAACGUCGACCUGCAGUAAUGGCUGCAUUAAAGCUCAAAAAGUGGAGUCUUCGGCAGCGAUUGGGUCAGCCUGUUGUAAGCAAUGUUAAGGAAAGACUUACUCUCCCUGCACAAGGUGGCAGUCACAUACGUGGACGGGGACGUGGCCUUGGACGGAGGAGCAUGUCGCUGAACCUUGGAGACGGCACUUCUACAAGGUUUCGAAGGGGUCAAGGACGUGCAUUCCAAUCAUCCAGUCGUCGUCCAUUUAAGAGAGGUGUAUCCACAUCUCGUGGUUUGAGAGGAGCAAGAUUCACUCGUGGUGGCAAUACUAGUCAGAGAGGAACAACCACUUUACGUGGCUUUAGUUCUUCAUUUCGAAGAGGGGGCAGGAGUGGGGGUGUGCGAGGCCGAGGUCGACGUGGUGGAGCUAGAGGGCGGCAGCAGAAACUCCCCUCGAAGGAAGAACUAGACCUCCAAUUGGAUCAGUACAUGGCAAACACAAAGUCACAUCUUGACAAAGAAUUGGAUUCGUACAUGAACCAAACACCAUCAGAAAAUUGGGAUUAGUGAUAAAAUUGUGAAAUUGGAUUGCAGUCUGAGGGAAUAGCAGAGUGCAAAUUUGCAGUGUUGAGAAAAACAGAGGCUAGUGGUUGUUUGUUUUCUGAAAUCAACACUGUCUUCCUAAUUGCAGUUUUAAAAGAAAUACUUAACCCUUCUUUUCUUUAUUUAGUCAUUCGAAUCUCUCGAUGUAUAUAAGUGAUGUUGGUUCUUGUUUGUAUCCGCUGUUAUUUGUUGCAAAAUUUGUGAACUGGUAUUCAUAGUACAUGUGAUGAUGUUGAUUGUCACUUUUUCUACUGUAAAUCUUGAGUUUAUUGUUCAAAUUCAUUACUGAGUUUGAAUUUCAUUUGAAGUAAAUGAUUGGUCUUUGAAUAAUCUUUUUCCAUCUCUCGGAUAAUAACUUCAUGAACUCAUUAGUAUGUUUGCUGUGAAAUUUAACUACCACUUUAAAUUAUUUUGUUAUGUGAUUUGUGGUUUUAAUGACUUUAAAUAGUAUGAAUGUAAUAACAAGCUUCAGUUCAAGAAAGUUAGAUGUCUGAGAGAAUAGUUCAAUUUGUAUUGCCUUGGGUAGUAAAAGAUCAUUAGAACAGGUAGUUAAGAUCUAAGUUUGAUGCAUUUAUUUCAGUGUUUUUAAGACAUAAUUUGCUUUUGCUUUUUAAAGAAAGAGAAGUAUUAAGUCUUACAGUACUUGAGCCUUCCCAUCCUCAUAUUAAAGAUCCAGUCGGAUGUGGUGCAAAUGACAGAAGUUGCCAUUAUGAUGUUAAAAAUGAGUGACAUGGUUCAUAUCACCCUUAGUUCCAAGUAGACAAUGAUUAAAUUAAAUUAUCAGAAAUUAUUUGAGUACUGCACUUGCCACUUUGUAAACAAAUGUAACAAAUGAUACCUUUGCAGUGACUGAAGAAAAUCUAUUGUGUUUUAGAGUUAAAUGAAAUUAUGUGCAGAGAAUACGGGUGGAUGCGAGCAUAAAAAAAUGUUUGAAAUUGUGUAAAAUAAGAAUUUUUACAUUAUGAGAUCUGUAAGUGUAACAAAAAUAAAUUCUCAAAUUUAAACUAUGUAGUUAACUAAAAUAAUUUCAUCCUGUUUUCUUGAGUAAAAAUUUGCUAUUUUAAUAAACAUGCCACUGUAGUUUUAAUGAAUAAUUGAUAUAAAUUUCCAAAACUGUUCUAUUUAAAUUUCUCAUAACGGUUCCUUUUCAUUUAACAUUGUAAUUGUUUAUUGAGUUUUUUUUAAAAAUAAAUAAUUCAUGUCUGGGAUAGUUUUUGCUCUGAUUUCUCUUAAAUUUUCUGUUCUGGAGCAGGCAAGUUAUUUUUGUACUAGAAAAGAAAAUCUAAAGUAUUUUGGUAUGUUAUCAAUAUUUUCUUAAUAUUAAAAUAAUUUAUUUAAUACAAGUUUUUAAUCAUUUUGUUAUAUUUAUCCCUGACACUGUUGGCACUAUUUUGGGUAUUUGACAUAAAUUAGACUCGCCAUAGAAAAAGAUUUCAGUCAAUUGUGAAGGACUAAUCAAAGCAGAAAGGAGUCGUCUUGGAGUCUCAGUAUUUGCGGUGUCAUUCUUCUAACUUCAUGGCAAGCAGGUAAUGGGAGAUAUGCACCCAUGUACGUAUUAGCAAGAUUCCUCACCGCUUUAGGGGGUGUCCAUCAAUUACAUGACGCAAAUUUUGAGUACUUUGAAUGUCCCCCCUGUAAUAUACCCGUAACAUGCGUUUGAAACCCCACCUCCGUAAAUAAUUGCAUAACACAGCGACAUUCCCCCUCACAUUUUCAAGUAAAAUCAAGUCAAGCGUGUUCAAAACAAUUGGUAUUAAUUUCAUUUGUUUUAUGCAUUAAAAUUUAUAAGAUUAGGGGUAAUUUUUGAGUGAAGGAAGGACGCAAGGACGUGAAAAUUCCUGACUAGUAGUUCACACACCAUUGUAGACGAUAUUUGGGUGAGAGUACAGUGCCAAUUUACUUGGAUUCUAAAAUAUACUACAAAUCAG